ACUCGCGAGUCUCCGGGGCUCCGGCUCGCCGCCGCCCUGCGAGGGGAUGGGGCCCCGUUACACUCUUGGAGCCCGUCUCUCCCGCGCCUGGGGACGGAAGGGCGUCCGACAAAUAUAUUAUUUUUGCGCCCUCUUGAAAACAGAUAAAAACAAGCUUUCGUGCUCACAACAGCGCUCUGCUCCGUACGGCGAAUAGUUCAUUUUUUCGAAUUGACCUAUGUACAACCACCAUUCAAGAGAAGCGACCUCGGCCGACAGGAUCGAUUCGAAUGGCUGCACUACGUUGGGAGAGAUGUAUUGCGAGUUGGUGCAUGUACGGGGCGACGACGACCCGAACAUGGCCAGGUGGGUGAAUUCGAAGUGUGCUGUCUAUCCUCGCAUCGUCGUGCCGUUUGUGAGUGGCAGGAGCGAGGAAAAGAGGUCUAUAGAGAUUGACUGCGGCAGAGGUGACAGGUGGUACCAGGUCGCGUCAAGUUGGGUCCGGCGUUUGUAUGGGUUGUGGUGCUUUGAUUUCGCCUUUCACAGACAGCGCGGUUUGUCGGAGACGGACGCACCGGAUGGCGAGCCGUCGCUGACGUCGAGAAUUUGGAGUUUGAUAUGUUGCCGACCCGGGGGCUUGCGCGAGUCUCUGCCUGCCACGUUGUACUCCGAGCCAUCGGAUCUGGUGCGAGCGUUCGCGUGGCACCGCUAUUUGGCUGUGUUUGCGGUAGCGCUGCAGAACGACGUGAUUCGGUUGUAUCACUUGCAUGCGGGUUGUUGGUCGCCGCUGGUGCUGGGCCAUGAGUUGCAGAACACGGUCAUGUGCAUGGAGUGGAAGCCCAUGAGCGGGACCAGGUUGGCGGUGGGAACGAAACACGGUGUAUUGAUAUGGUCUUUGACGUCUAGAGCGGAGAGGAAUUUAUCCGCGUUUGGCUUCAAGGGUGCACCAUACACAUCGUCUAAUUUGUAUAUGCUAAACGAGCAAGGGCUCGUACACGGAUGGAGAAGUGCGAGCGUGAGGUACUUUAGUCUGCCUCACCGCGCACCGGUAAACGCCUUGUCGUGGUCUCCGUCUGGUCGCUGGUUGGCGACGGGUUCUUGCCAACACGGCCACGUAGUGAUAUGGGACAUGGCGGUGGAGACGCCAACGCCGCUGGUACAAUACUGUCCCGGAGGCGUUGGUCGAUUGUUGUGGUCUCCGAACGACCAGUUUCUAUUUGCCUCGACGACAAGGAGGCAGUUUCGGAUUUGGGAGACCCAGUAUUGGAUUAGUCAGCGCUGGACGCAACUGAAGUAUGUGGAGAGCGCGGCGUGGUCGGCAGACGGGUAUCACUUGGCGUUCACGGUGAAAGACGACGCGAAGUUGUACGUGUUGAGUUUGUCGCCGCCGACGUGCGACUCGCCGGCGGUUUUCAAUCGUCAGUCUGUCGUCACCCUCGUAGACGUGAUGUCGCAGAUGGAGAGGGAGCGAAUGAGCGGGGAGGGCUCGCUGGGUUCGAUUGCGUGGGACGACACGAGCUCGAGGUUGGCAGUGGCCAUAAGAGGGAGGCCGUGGAUAGCUUUGUUCCAAUGCAGUCGCCUGAUUCACAGUGCCGAAUUUCAAUACCUUGGAUGCAUCAGAGGACCGGCUGGUACGCAUGUCACCCACGUUGGGUUCAGGGGGAACAUGGAAGAAGGCGCACUGCUCGGCGCGGCGUAUUCGAACGGAGAUGUGGCGAUGUAUCCGAUGUACUUCAAGCUUCCCACAAUUGGGAGAACGGCGGGCAGGCGAUAACGGGCGUCUCGAGCCUGCAAAAAAAAAAAGAGGAUACUAUAGCGCUGCGAUUUGUACAUAUUUAGAAA